CUGCGACGUUUUUAGUGAAGUUGAAAGAUGGCGGCGGUGCAUCUUCGCAUCGGGGAUUUAGUGUGGGGAAAGCUCGGCCGUUACCCACCAUGGCCAGGAAAGGUAGUAAGCCCUCCCAAGGACUUGAAGAAGCCCAGGGGCAAAAAGUGCCACUUUGUGAAAUUCUUUGGAACCGAAGACCAUGCCUGGAUCAAAGUAGAACAGCUGAAGCCCUACCACGCCCACAAAGAAGAGAUGAUCAAGAUAAAUAAAGGAAAACGUUUCCAGCAGGCUGUGGACGCAGUGGAAGACUUCCUAAAGAAGGCGAAGGGGAAAGAGCAGAACUCGGACAGUAAAGGAGACGCAAAAGGAAAGAAGGGGUCCAACAAGCCUCUGAAGAUCCUGGAGGAGGAUGAUGAGGAUCUGAGCGCCCUGAAGGAUCCGUCUGAGAAGGACUUAACUGACUCUGACCCCGAGCCGUCCGCUAUGGAGAGGCUGGGGGCUGGACCCGGCUCAGGAUUCAAAUGGGAAAGCAGUGCCGUUAAGGACGACCCGCAUUUUCAUCAUUUCCUGCUCAGCCAGUCAGAGAAGCCAGCCUCGUCCAUGGAGCCCAUCAGCAAGCGGCUGAAAAUCAUCGAAGAGGUGACCGGCUCCACGUCGAUCCAGGCAGCAGACAGCACAGCCAUCAACGGCAGCAUCACACCCACAGACAAGAGGAUAGGCUUCCUGGGUCUGGGGCUGAUGGGCAGCGGCAUCGUUUCCAACCUGCUGAAGAUGGGUCACGCUGUCACCGUGUGGAACCGCACCGCUGAAAAGUGUGACCUGUUCAUCCAGGAGGGGGCCCAGUUAGGCCGGACUCCUGCAGAAGUCACCUCCAUGUGUGACAUCACGUUCUCCUGCGUUUCUGACCCAAAGGCUGCCAGAGAUUUGGUGCUGGGACCCAGCGGAGUGCUGCAGGGAAUCAGACCAGGGAAAUGCUACGUGGAGAUGUCCACCGUAGAUCCAGAGACCAUCAACGAGCUGGCACAGGUGAUCACGUCGCGGGGCGGCCGCUUCCUAGAAGCUCCGGUGGCCGGGAGUCAGCAGCUCUCCAACGACGGCAUGCUGGUGAUCCUGGCAGCCGGGGACAGGACGGUGUACGAGGACUGCAGCAGCUGCUUCCAGGCCAUGGGCAAGACGUCCUUCUUCCUCGGUGAAGCCGGCAACGCGGCCAGGAUGAUGCUGAUCCUCAACAUGGUGCAGGGCAGCUUCAUGGCCACCAUAGCAGAAGGCCUGACCCUGGCCCAGGCCACGGGCCAGUCCCAGCAGACCUUCCUGGACAUCCUGUGCCAGGGCCAGAUGGCCAGCACCUUCGUGGACCAGAAAUGCCAAAAUAUUUUGCAGGGGAACUUUAAACCAGACUACUAUUUGAAACACAUUCAGAAGGACCUGCGGCUAGCCAUCUCCAUGGGGGACAUGGCCAACCAUCCCACUCCCAUGGCGGCAGCAGCCAAUGAGGUUUACAAGCGGGCUAAAGCACUGGACCAGUCGGACAACGACAUCUCUGCCGUGUACAGAGCCUACAUUCACUAGAGGACCGGCCUGUCUCUGGACCACACCUUCUCUAAUCCCCUCUUUCUGUUCUCUCAUCAGAUGAGUUUAUUUUAACUUCUAGUGGUUUUAUUUUGUCUUUUUCCCCCCCGGUGCCAGCCCCGUUACCUGCCCCCCCCCCUCCCCCCGCAUGUCCUGGGACUGGAAUUCCUGUUUUUUUGAGGCAACCUUGAGCAUUGCACUGAUGGAACUGGUGGGAGGGAGAUGACAAAUGCUCUGGAUGAGGCUGUGGUCGUGCACGGCGGCGGCAGUGGCAUGGUGGGGCGUCUGCUGCACGCCGGCCGCGCUGGGCAUGGAUAUAUAUACGUAGACUUCCAUGGAGCUGCUGCGAUACGUCAACGACGC